AUGCUCAGGGCCAUCUCCUGUUGUUUCGGAGGGUCCUCAGACCCGGUCGACGACCGAGAUGUCUCCCAGCAGGCCCAGGAUGUCGUCGCCCAAUCUGCUGACACACAAACCCAGACCCAAACCCAGACCCCUGUUUUCCAGCAGCCAAAGUUCCCUCCUCCGCCCGAUCCCUUUGGUCCCUGGCUCAAUCCCGUCGAGUGUCUUGUCAAUAUGGCCCGCGACGAGCCCGAUGCCCUCUUGAUUAACACUUACGAGAACGGCGACUCGGAGCGACUCAGCUAUCUCCAGGUGUGGAGGCAAGCCUAUUCCAUCGCCCAGGCCCUCAAGGCUCUCCCUGGCUGGAACGACGACGGCCACGAGGCCAUCGGCACCUUCUGCGAGGCCGAAGCCAGCUGGGUGAUCUACUCGUUCGCCGUGUGGAUCCUGGGCAAGAAAACACUCAACUUUGCCCUCAACCUGCCUCCUACUGCCCGCAAGGCUCUGUGCGAGAGGUAUGCGAUCAAGUACAUCCUCCACCACCACACCAAGCCCGGCCGCACCGAAGGCGUGACCCUGGUCGAUGCUGCCACCUUCCCGGUGUUGGACGACGUUCCAUCCCCGUCCCUCGAAGUCUGUGCGCCUCUCGAUGAGUUUGUCAGCUUCCAGUGCACCUCUGGAACGACAGGCAUCCCAAAGACUCUUACGAUUUGUCAGCUUCCGUCAUUCCUUGCAGCUCUUCACGCCUUUUUGUGCGCCCUGAAUCUCAAGGGAUCGGUUUGGCUGCCACAACCGACACCCAAUACCGUCGACAAAGUCAAGAGUAUUGUUCGCAUCCUGGAUGACGGAGUGCUGUUCCUAUAUCAGACCCCUUCGUUCAUGAAGAUGAUCAUGAGUGUGGCUCGGGCUCAGAAUCCUGAUGUCAAGUGGGAAAAGGCACGGAGGAUCGGUAUGGGCUCUGAGCUCGUGCCGCCGAGUGUCGUCCAAAAUGUGAGGCGAAUGUUUCCAAAGGCCGAUAUCCAGAUCUUCUACGCAUCUAGUGAGUCCGCCCUCCUUGGAGCAGCUUCUUUUCUCAACUAUCCGGCCAGCGUCACCAUGAUUCCGGACAAGCUGGUUUACAGACUCGUGAAGCCCGGUGUGCGCUGUAUCCUCUUUGACGAAGAAGGCAACAUUGUCGACCAGAAGGUCUCCAAGAGCGGUGUGCUUGGCUUUGCCGUCGACAAGGAUCAUCCCAUCAAGGAUCACCCGAGCUUUGUCAAUGCCGAUCCAAACGACAAGCUCGCCUCGUUCGGCUUCCUCGAGGAUGGCUCGCCCCGUGUCUGCACCAUGGACUGGGUCGAGAUGGUUGGCGAGAAAGAGUUCACUGUGGUUGGAAGAUUCGACCAGAAGAUCAAGGUCAACGGCGUCUAUGUCGACCUCAACGCCCUCGAGGAGUUGGUUUACAAGCACAUGCCUGAUACCAUCAAAGACUGCACCUUUGUCCAAACCACCGAGAAGCAGAUCGUGAUGCUCUACGUCGUUCGACAUGGAUCGGGCUUCAAAGUAACCCCCAACGAGAUGAUCCGUCGUAUCGAGGAGCUAUUUACCCUCGAGAACGUCGCCAAGUUCCCGAUCCACAACGUCUUCCAACUACACCAGCUCCCCUUCAAUGACUCGGGCAAGCGCGACCUCAAGAAGCUCAGGCGUUUCGCCGAGAAUGCCAAGUACUUUGGCGAGCCGGUUAUCUAUCCGACCCUUGACAUCGCCAAUACUCCCCUGUCCCGCACGGCCGUCAAGAUCUCGGCGCUCGGCAGCCAGAUCCUCGACAACCCCGCCCUCGACGGCCGCAACUACUACAUCGGCGGCGUCGGCUUUGACUCGCUGAGUGUCGGUCGUCUGGCCCUCGCCAUCAAGGACGAGCUGGAUGUUGAGAUCUCACCGAUGAUCUUGCUGUCGAACGGAAUGACACCGCUCGAUGUCGCCCAGUUGGUCGUCGACAUCCUCGACGACAAGCCCCUCAUUCCUCCGACUGUUGAUCUGGCUGCCGAGGCCGCCAAGCUCGACGAUGCGAGUGUGACGGCCGAGGGUCUUCCUCCGUUUGUCUAUCCCAAGGACCCUCGCGGCAUCGUCCUGACCGGUGCCACUGGCUUCCUCGGUGCCUUCCUGGUCUUUGAGCUGGCCCACAAGUUCCCUCGGGCCAAGAUCUACUGCCUCGUGCGAGCCCAGAACGAACAGCUGGCGUUCACUCGUAUAUUCACCAAUGCCUCCAAGUUGGUGAUUGCAUCGAGAAAGGCUGGCGAUCCGCGGUACGAUGUGCGCGACCGAUUCAUCGGACUGUGCGGCGAUCUGUCGAAGGACAAGUGGGGACUCUCGGACGAGCGAUGGAAGGAGAUCAGCGAGGAGACCGACAUGAUUGUUCACAACGGCGCCGAGGUCCACUGGCUAUUUGACUAUGACAGACUCAGGGGACCCAAUGUCCUCAGCACGGCAACGGCCCUGAGACUGGCCACAACCCACCACCUGAAGCCGCUGCACUACAUCUCGACCAUCGGCACGAUCCCGAUGGCCAAGAAGUCAGACAAGCCGCUCGAGGAGAAGAUCUACUCGGCCUGGAACAUCUCUGGCGGCUAUUCGCAGACCAAGUGGGUCUCUGAGCAGCUGGUCAACAAGGCACGAUCGAGGGGAGUGCCAGUGACAAUCAUCCGCCCAGCCGUCAUUGCCGGCGACAGCAAGUACGGAGUGUCCAACUCUGAUGACUACAUCUGGCGAUAUGUCAAGGGAUGCAUCCAGCUUGGUGUUGCUCCGUCGUAUGCCACUCCCGUCACCCUGACCAUGGAUCCCGUCGACCAUGUCGCCAAGGUGGUUGCCGAGAUUGCCGGCUCGGAGGAGUCCCUGUCCAAGUUUGUGUUCCACAUCAGCGACUCGGAGCACAGUGCCCUCACUGAGACCAAGCUGUUCGAGAUCGUCAACUCCUUUGGCUGGCCCGUCCUCUUUGAAACUCGUGAAAAGUUCAAGUACAUCCUUUCUUCCAACCCCUCGCUGGACCAAAAUGCCCUGUUCCCGCUCAUGUACAUGAUGAUGGACAUGUCCAUCAAGAUCGACAACGCCAACACCCGCUCGAUCUACCCAACGCCAUGUCCCUCGACUGUGCUGAUCGCCAAGAAGUGUCUCAGCUACUUGAACCAUGCUCGCUUCCUUCCCAACCCCAUCCAGCCAUCGAGCGAGCUGAAGGACGACGAGUAUCCCGAAGUCAGCAUCUUCACCCGCACCGGCCGCAAUUGAUCAGCGGAUGGUGAUUCAGCAAUAGAUUGAUCAGGUCGUUUCUUUCCUCUUCCU